ACAUCAAGUUAGUUCCACAUCACUGUGGAAACAAUGUCUCAGUUAAGCCGUAUCGCAUUAAUCAUUGCUAUGAACGUACUGCUGUAUGUUCUUGCAGUGGAGCGCUAUACCGAUGAAUUCGAUAGUGUAACUGAUGUUGACGCUAUUCUCCGUAACGAUACUCUACGAGAUGAAUAUCACAAAUGCUACAUGAAUACAGGACUGUGUAACACAAUAGCACAGAAGAAAGUAACAGAAAUGUUCGGCGAAGCUGUCCUAACUAACUGUGAGAAAUGUAACGAAACGCAAAAAGAAAUGUUGAAGAAGAUAAUAAAGUGGUAUGCAAAGUAUAAACCCGAGAUAUUAUUAGAAAAACUUGUGAAAGCUGGAAAAGAUAUGAAGCAGAGAAACGCUAAUCAAUAAUUGACAAUUGCUGGAAAACUGUCGUAUUUCUCGAUGUUGAGAAC